CCACCACGACCCUUCCAUGCUGCUCCAGCCUUCCUAGGUCUCCUUCCAGCUGUUGCGCAUUCCUGAGACUGCAGCGGGAGACGAGAGCGCGGAUAGUCCCAUCUAAUCUUCCUGGUGAGCCGCUGGAGCUGUGAUGUCCCUGGCGAAGCGGAGCAGCAUCUGACAGCUCGUCAAUACCCGGACAGGACCGCGAGCAGGGACCGGAGGGGUCCGUGUGCGCGCCUGGAUGUCGGUGUUACUCAGAUCCCGGAGCCCCGCGACGGAUACUGACAGCUCAUUCUCCGCAAUGGGCACGGAGUCCACCAGUCCGCCGGGCAGCUCCUCACACCUGGAGGCUGAUCAGCAUGGCGCCCCCUCAGGCAAGAGCCCGCCCCUUGACCUGAUUGACACAGGAAAGGCGCUGAAGGUGCAGACGGCCACGCCGCAUUUGGUCAGCCUUGGCAGUGGCCGUCUGAGUGUGGCCAUCACCCUGUUGCCACUCAAAGAAGGAGUGACUCGGAUUGGACGCGAGGAUGCCCCCAUUCCCCAGGACAUCACCAUUGAGGGUCCUGGGAUCGAGGCCGAGCACUGUCUGAUCAAGAACAAGGGGGGGCUCAUCACCUUGGACCCCUGUGGAAACCCUUGUGCCCUCGAUGGCAUCCCUGUGAUGAAGCCCACGCAGCUGACCCAAGGGUACACGCUGUGCCUUGGUAAGUCCUACUUCUUCCGCUUUAACCACCCCGAGGAGGCCAGCCGAAUGAAGAGCAUGAUGCCCCGGAAGAACCCCGUGUGCCCCCUGGGAUAUGCCUCUGAUCACCUCCGGUUAGACCACAGCCCUGGAGUGGGCGUGUCUGGUGUACGGGGGCCAUGCUCAAGUGGGGAUCUCCUGAUGGAUACGCUACAGAGGCGGAGACUGGCUGCGGAGGUGGGCCUUCGCACCAAUGGCAACUGUAACCCAUCCUACUACAGUGUGACUCAUUCUCCGUCCAUCAGUCCCAUCCCCCGCCCCCUGGUGCAGACCCCUGACAUAACACCCCGCCAUCAUCAGGACCAGGGUGUGAGGCCCGGUGCUGCCGAUCGCCCCCCCUUGUCCAUCAGGCCACCCGUGCAUACCUCGGGAAACACCCUUCUGAGCCAGGGCAGGGAUGGGCCCCUCCCUUACCGCCGCUCCAGCUCCCGGCACCAGUCCCAGGACAACGUCUUCUUGUCCACCUCUGAGGACAGACGUUUACCACGGUCCGCAUGGAAUGGCUCAUCUCCUGACCGCGAUGCCCGCUUACUACUUGGGGGCAGCAGUGGGGCCGCCAGCAUGCCCUCCAGUCCCCAGCUGGCUCGCCGCCUUCGACCUCAUGAUGUGGGGGGCCUACGGGGGAGCCCAGGAGGGGAUGGUGGGCUGGACCCCAUGCCCAGACAGAGGAAGUACUCCGCAGGCUCACUGGGAGCCAUGGGGACCCACAGCCGGUCUUUGCCCCGUCUGUACAAGGCCACUGAGAACCAGCUGCAACCCUUCACUCUGGCUCCGCCCCUGCAAUCUGGGGACAGUCAGGCCCGUCCCCCUAUCCCACCCGAGCCUAUGAGCAACAGCCACAAGGAGGUGGUGUCCAUCUUACUAUCCUCCCGCUCACCCACGCGACGCUCUACCCCUUCAGAAUCCAGCCUACCAGACAGCGCCCCCAGCAAGUCCACCAGCCCCCGCAUUGCCAAGAAGCUGAGCCUGACAUCCUCGGCAUCCUGCUCAGACCUGGAACACAAUGCCCUGCGUGGGUCCUCCCCUUCUUUGGACCAAGGGCUCGGUGAGAGGCGACCCUCCUUUGGGAAGGCAGGCUUGGGGCUGUGGCCUACUAGAGAGAGGCGUGGCAGCAUCAGCUCGCUGAGCGGAAAGGAGGAGCUGAGAGAUUACCACCAGCGGCAGAGGGACGAGCGUCUGCGCGAGCAGGAGGUGGAGAGACUGGAGCGACAGCGCUUGGAGACCAUUCUCAGCCUGUGCUCGGAGCUGGGCCACUCAGGGGGCGAGCAAGGGGGCUCCGCCGAGGCCGACCUGCAGAAGAUCAACCAGGAACUUGAGAGGCUGCAGCUGUCUGACGAUGAGUCCGACGCCACCAUCCCUGACACAGCCAAGGCAUGGACUCUGCUUCGCUCUGGACUCUCCCCUUCCCCCUCCACACAGAUGCUCAGGACCCCCAGGGCUCCAGAGCCAGCUGCGGAUGUACAGCUGAGGGUGAGGGAGGCGGCCCAUAUGGAGGAGGAGAGGGUCGCUGUGCUGAACCGCAUGGAGGAGCUGCAGCAGAAGAUCAAAGACCUGGACAACCAGAUGGAAGAGUCUGUGCGAGAAAUGGAGUUAGAACGUGCCCUGGUGGACGGGGAGCACGACGCCGAGACGGUGCAGAUGGAGCGUGAGAAGGAGCUCCUGAACCAGCUGAAUGAGAAGCUUGUUGACGUGGAGAAGAACAGUUUAGUGGACAAGUCUCAGGACGCGGAGGCCCUGGAGCUGGAGACGAAGCGGUUCGAGGACCUCGAGUUCCAGCAGCUGGAGCGGGAGAGCCGGCAGGAUGAGGAGAAGGAGGCGCAAAGCCAGCAGCUGCUGAGGGACAUCGCUGAGCACCAGCGCAGCGCGGCAUCUUGCAAGGAGCGGCUACAGGCACUGCAGAAACAGUCCAGCCAGAUCCAGCAGCAGGCUGAGCAGGAGAAAGAUGCCUUUCUGCGGGAGAAGAGGGACCUGCAGGCCCUGCUGCACAAGGAGAGGGAGACCCUGACGGUCUUGGAGACGAAGUAUAUGGCUCUGACAGGGGGGAGGGACUUCUCCAGCACGGCUUCACUGAAAGAGCUGGCUGCAGUGUGCCACACCCUAGGCCCCCCCACCAUCCUCUGCGGCCCCCUGUCCCACCCUGACCUGCUGGUCCUCUCCUCUCAGCUGGCUUCCCUCUGUGCCAAGAGCGCUGAGGGUUAUGUGACAGUCAGUGAAAUCAAUGAGAUUUAUGAGCAGUUUGGGGUUAACCCCACCCCUGAAGGCCAAGCCACACCCUCACCCAAGUAUGAGCUUGAGUCCAGCUCCAGCCCUGAGGAGUGUACCCCCCAGCCGGGGGAGGAGGAGCCUGACCUUUAUUCCUUCCUUGUGGAGGGUGUGGUUCUCCCUGGCCCUGCCCCCUCCUCACCCCACUCCCACCGUCCGGUCCCCAAGCCUCCCUCAGUGCACUGGCCAGAUGACAUGGUGACCUACCAUGACUCCACGCCCCUCUCUGAGUCCCCCCCUCCGCUUCCCAUCAAAAAACACUACCGCCGCAAACAGGUAAAGGGCAUGCCCACAUGGUGCACUGGCAUGGGUUCCAGGGCCUCACUGCGAGGGUGUGUAGCCUGCCGCCUCUGUCGCACUGUGUGUGUUUGGGACCGGGGGCAGCUGGAAUCGGAGGGUGCAGACGUCAGCCUCACUGCUCCUCUGCAGAACUUCCGUACCCUGGAGGAGAAGAGGUGGGGCGUGAAGGAGGCGGGGUCUGUGCUGAGUGACACGGUGCCUCGUCGGAGGGUCCAGCCAAUGGUAUCGCCCGCUUUCAGCAGCUCCACGCUGGGCCGCUCCACCACCCCCAAGUCUCAUCAGCCUCUGGUGCAGAGCUCCAGCUGUGGCAGCAUGCUCCCUCAUAACCUGGCCGUAGCCCCCAGCGACCCAGAGAGCCGCCGUCAGCACAGAGGUCAUGUCCCCGGGCCUGGGCAGCAGCCCCUGAGCGGCCGGGUGGCGUCACAGUCCAGCGUGUGCCUGCUGUACGGCGACGACGCACACGCCUACGACACUCUGAGCGUAGACAGCUCUGACAGCAUGGAGACCAGCAUCUCUGCCUGCUCGCCAGACAACGUGUCCAGCGCCAGCACCUCCAACAUGGCCAAGCUGGAGGAGAUGGAAAGGCUCUUGAGGGAGGCCCAGGCGGAGAAGCACAGGCUGCUGGAGAACCGGGAGCGAGAGAUGGAGGCACGCCGGCAGGCCCUGGAGGAGGAGAGGAGGCGGAGGGAGGAGCUGGAGAAGCGACUGCAGGAGGAGACCAGUAGGAGGCAGAAGCUGAUUGAGAGGGAGGUGAAGAUGAGGGAGAGGCAGAAAGCUCAGUCUCGCCCCCUGACCCGUUACCUGCCCGUGAGGAAGGACGACUUCGACCUCCGCAGCCACAUCGAGUCGGCUGGCCACCACGCAGACACUUGCUACCACGUGUCACUGACAGAGAAGACCUGUAGAGGCUUCCUGGUCAAGAUGGGCGGCAAGAUCAAGACCUGGAAGAAGCGCUGGUUCGUCUUCGAUCGCAACCGCCGGACGCUGUCCUACUAUGCCGAUAAGCAUGAAGCCAAGCUGAAGGGUGUGAUCUACUUCCAGGCCAUCGAGGAGGUCUAUUACGACCACCUGAAGAAUGCACACAAGAGUCCGAAUCCGUCGCUGACAUUCAGUGUGAAGACACACGACCGCGUGUACUACAUGGUGGCACCAUCGCCAGAGGCCAUGCGCAUCUGGAUGGAUGUGAUUGUCACGGGAGCAGAGGGAUACACACAGUUCAUGGUGUAAUACAGGCUUGACUUGCUCACAACCGCCCCCUGGAGGACUGCGGGUGCACUUCCUGUGAUGCUUUUUAUUUUUUUGAACGAGCAUUGUGCCUUAAUACAUCAAGCUGUGAUGCUACAGUGCCUUGUUCUAUGUAGAUGUGAAGAUUUUGCUUCAGGAGCUGGGAACAUUUGUGCUCUGGGGAACAUAGGGGAGUCACAUGGUCAUACCAAUUAUGGCUCUAUGCGUGCUUUUGUGUUGGUAUAUGCUGGCCCAGUGAUCUCUCCAUUUCCACUGUGUCACUCAGGAGUGUGGUGGGCGGACUGGAACUAGGGUGAGGUUCUGUGGUUUGGAGAAGGACUGCUGUCAACAGGCAGCUUCCAUAAGCCUGUGCUUGUGUGUCUCACAGAGGGAUUUCUCUAGAGUCCAUUGGUACUGAGAGCAGUUGGAGCAAUAGCGCAGUGCCGACCAACAACACUGGUCCAUCCGAUCUGACCAAUCAGCAUGGGCAAAAGCCUACAUGGCUCCCACCUACUGCAGUACCCUGUCAGAUUUGACCAAUCAGGAUUGGUGAAAGCCUGUGUGCUUUAUACUUGCUAUGGUACCCAGAUCUGACCAAUCAGGAUGGGUGAAAGUCUGUGUGCUUUACACUUGCUGUGGUACCCUUUCAGAUCUGACCAAUAAGCAUGGGCGAAAGCCGCAUGGUUCCCACCAGCUGUGGUACCCUGUCAGAUCUGACCAAUCAGGACACAGCGGUUUGUUUGCUACAGCUGCUCCAGUAACAGGACUAUGUCCUAUUUAUAAAUGUUUUUGAAUGAGUAUGUAGUAGCCAUAUUUUUUUCUAUCCAAUGCUUCUUACUCUCCAGCCUUAUAUCGUAAUAGUCAUUUUAAUAGUUAAGCCUUGCGUAGGAUGUUCAGCAUAGCUAAGAAUCUUAACCAGGGACGGGAGGAGGGAGAUUGGCAGCCCCCCAAGGGUGUCCCACACUACCUCUCUGGCUAAUUCUGGACUAGGCUUAGCUGCUUACCAGCUGGGCCACCAUCUUUGUCUAUGUGGUUUUUUACGGCUGUAUGUCUGACCAAACUCACCUUAGGGGUCUGACCACGUUAAUAUCUUUGUCCUCCUAAAAGCAGCACUGGGCCCAUCUUGCAAAAGCUUUUUUAUAUAUAUAACCAAACAUUGAGUCUGUAAACAAACCUCAUCUCCUACUUUCAUAUCUUCAUUUCCACACCCCAUGUGACUUUGGGAGAUGACUGUUCUUCUGUAAUAAACAAAAUGCCACUAGAGGGCAACAAGUGAGCAUUUUUUGUGCUCUGGCGAGCAGAUGAGUGCUGCUCUGAUGGGAACGCUGGGCCCUCACAGGGGUGUCAGGGUGAGCUGUUAUCAGGCAUCAGGGGUGCGUCGUGGAGAAGGAGUGAAUUUUUCACCCAUGAUACUUUGGGCUGCUUCACUCUCUGCUUCAUGUAUUUUCUGUUACUCUUAAAGCUACUUUUCAGAAAUGUCAUGUAUAUUAAAUUUUUUAUGUAUAACAUGCAUGCUUUAUUUUUGAAUACAAAUAAAGGCUUUUAAUCAACCCCUA